GGGAGAGAUCUUGUAAGACAGAGAAGCAGCCCCUGUGGUGUCAAUUCAUUAUAGAUUAUAGUGCUGCUGAACGAUGGAACUCCGAGUGGGGAACAAGUACCGGCUGGGCCGGAAGAUUGGGAGUGGUUCCUUUGGAGACAUUUACCUGGGUGCUAAUAUUGCCACGGGUGAAGAGGUGGCCAUUAAGUUAGAAUGUGUCAAAACGAAGCACCCUCAGCUCCACAUUGAGAGCAAGUUCUACAAGAUGAUGCAGGGAGGAGUGGGUAUUCCCUCCAUUAAGUGGUGUGGGGCAGAGGGAGACUAUAAUGUGAUGGUGAUGGAACUUCUGGGGCCCAGCCUGGAGGAUCUCUUCAACUUCUGUUCUCGCAAGUUCAGUCUCAAGACCGUGUUGUUGCUGGCUGACCAGAUGAUCAGCCGUAUUGAGUACAUUCAUUCCAAGAACUUCAUCCACCGGGAUGUGAAGCCAGACAACUUCCUCAUGGGGCUUGGGAAGAAGGGCAACCUAGUGUACAUCAUUGAUUUUGGCUUGGCCAAGAAAUACCGAGAUGCCCGGACCCACCAGCACAUCCCCUACCGGGAAAACAAGAACCUGACUGGCACAGCUCGCUACGCCUCCAUCAACACCCACUUGGGAAUUGAACAAAGCCGCCGUGAUGACCUGGAGAGCUUGGGCUAUGUGCUCAUGUAUUUCAACCUAGGCUCGCUGCCCUGGCAGGGCCUCAAGGCUGCCACCAAGCGCCAAAAAUAUGAGCGUAUCAGUGAGAAGAAGAUGUCCACGCCCAUUGAGGUGCUCUGCAAAGGAUACCCUUCUGAGUUCUCGACGUACCUCAAUUUCUGCCGCUCGCUGCGGUUCGACGACAAGCCUGACUACUCAUACCUGCGACAGCUUUUCCGCAACCUCUUCCACCGCCAGGGCUUCUCCUAUGAUUAUGUCUUUGACUGGAACAUGCUCAAAUUUGGAGCGGCCCGGAAUCCUGAGGACAUGGAUCGGGAGCGGCGAGAACAUGAGCGAGAGGAGCGGAUGGGGCAGCUCCGGGGCUCUGCCACACGGGCACUGCCACCAGGGCCCCCAGCUGGAGCCACUGCCAAUCGUCUUCGCAAUGUCGCUGAGCCCAUGGCUUCCACACCCACUUCCCGAAUCCAACAGUCUGUAGGAAACACGUCCCCCAGGGCAAUCUCGCGAGUGGACAGGGAACGGAAGGUCAGCAUGAGGUUACACAGGGGAGCCCCUGCCAACGUCUCCUCCUCUGACCUCACAGGUCGGCAAGAGGUGUCACGGAUUUCAGCAUCACAGACAAGUGUGCCAUUUGAUCACCUUGGGAAGUGAAGAAGAGAUGUCACCGGACCAGUGUUUGCUUAGUGUCUUCACUGUAUUUUUCUUUUAAACAAAAAAAAAAAACAAAAAACAACAAACCCAAAACAGCAACAAAAAACCCUUAAAAUAAAAAGACAAAAAACAACAACAAAAACAGAUUUUUUUUAUUUUUUUUUUGCCAACGUCAAGGAGACAAGAUGCCCCCAUAGCGGUGUGAAACCAUUCUGAGAUUUGCCACCUAUGUUCCCUGACAUCAGCGCCUCCAAGAACCCAACAGCGUGGGAGUCUUACAGAAACACCUCUCCUGCCUUCGUGCAGCUCCCCUCCCCUCUCCCCCCUCCCCUCCGCCCCACCAUCUUCUCGGCUCACUCCCCUCCUUCCCCCAUCCUUGUUUUGGUCUGUCUGUCUUCUUUUUCCUCCCUUAAAUAACUUUCCUACCCUUAUUUUGGUUUAUUUUGGACAUUAAUGGUUUUAGUAUAACUUUUUAAUUUUAAUUCUCUCUGUUGCACAUGUGUGCUCUGUCUUUUUUUUUCUCUCUCGCGUGCGCGCGCGCUCUCAUUUUUUUUUUUCCUUUUUCUUUUUCCCCCCCCGAGAACAAGGGGUGGAUUUGUUUUUCAGGAGUCUCCUGAGACUUGAAUCCCAGCCUUGACUGGUGGGAGAAGUCUUGACUUUUUUUUUCCCCCCUCAAGCAUUAAAAGAAAUGGGUUGCAAGCUGUAAGGGGAGCCUUGGGUGAGGCCUCCCAUGCUUUGAGGCUUCUUUUCCCUGGAUGCCACCUCAGCACCGUUGCGGGCAGUAAGAAGUGCCAGGCAGGCGCAAAUGAUAUGAACAGCCACAGCGUGUCAAGGAUUUCUUUCUGGAGGGGGAUCCAGUUGCGUGGAUGAGGCAAAGUCAAGCUUGAAGGACAGGGAGAUUGUAACCCACUUCCCAUCCCGGUGGUGGGAUCUUUGUCUGGCCAUGUGUGGUGUUUUCUUGUUUUGUUUUGUUCAGGGUUUUUAUUUUAUUAUUAUUAUUUUUUUUUUUUUAAAUUCCCCUUAUUUUACCGAGGAAAGUGGUGGGAUUCAAGGAGGAGAGGGGCAUGCAGAAACAGGGGUCUGGUCUUGCUGGGGGAGGAUGACCUAUCCUCGGUCUCUUUCUGCCCACACCCUAAAUAAGAUCCAGUGUCUGGCAGCCCUCUUCCCUCCCCCACCACUUGAGUUUUUAAAUACAUUUUAGGAAUACUCAAGACACCAACCUUCUUGGGUUUUAAAAGGCAAUGAUCACCACUGCGACCUAUGGCCUCUUCCUGGCGCACUGACACUGUAGCAUGAAGCCAGUGGGUGGUUGGACAGGCAGGGCUUGUGUUGUUUUUGUUUUGUUUUUAUCCUUUCUAUUUAACAACUUUUUUUUUGUUUAUUUCCCCCUUAUUUUUUUCCUAAUUUAUUUACCCCUCUUACUGUCUCUCUUUUUUUAAUUAAAGAGCAAAACUUUUUAUUACUUUGUAAUUUAAAAAAAUGGAAAAAAAAAAACCUGAAGAACUUUGGGAGGGGGGGGAAUUUUGUACUUUUUUCCUGUGUAAAUAUUGGACUUUUUUGAGCUUUAUCGUGGUUGUUAAUUUGAAGUAAUAAAGUAGAAAAUGAUAAAGUGA